AUGGCAUCCGAUGAGCCGACCCUUUCUACCAUGGUCCUGUACCACAGAGGACGAAGAGGAAGGAAGCUUCCAAGAUGCUGCCGAAAAGGUCUACGGCAACAACCAGAUUCUCGCCCUACCCCCGUGACCUAUAAUGCCCGAGAUCAUCGUCCAUGGAGUCAGCCGUGCCUGCUUCCACGACAAGCGUCUCUGCGAUCCGCGGGUGAGAAUACACAGCAGUCGAUUGAAGAUGUCUCUACGAACUCCUAG